CUCUUCUCUCCAGUUCUCUCUUUACACACACUCAUACAGUAACACAAAAAAAAAAUCAAAUUGGGUUCUUCAAAACAUUUCUUCCAUUUUUUAAUUUUCUGUCACUAAAUUUCCCACUUCACUCUUCUCAGAGGUUUUCUCAAUCUCACUUUCAAUAAUCUUGAAACAGGUGAGUUUGAUUUUGGAAGAUGAUUUUCUGAGUUGGUUCAGUUCAGUUGUUGAAUGUUUGGUUGUUUUAGUAGAAAAAUUUGGAUUUGGAUUAGGAUUGAUUGCUCUCUAGGGUUUGGUUGUUCUAGAUAUGAUCAAAAACAUACUCGGUAAAAUACCUCGCAAGCCUUCCAAAUCUUCAGAGAGGGAUUCUAACGGUGAUGGAGAGUUGGUCAAUGGUGGUUCCAAUAGUGUAUUGAAAUCUAAUUCAACUUUUUCAAAAUCUUCGAAUUCUACUUCAGGUGGGUUGUAUUCUGGGAAUGGGAGUUCGAAGAAUUCAAAUAAAACAAACCAAGCUAAGAAGUCAACUCCUGUAAUUGGUUCGACAAUGGCUCUUGGUAAUGGAGUUUAUGAGGCUUUGCCGGGUUUUCGGGAUGUUUCUAGCUCGGAGAAGGCUAAUCUUUUUAUAAGGAAGUUAAAUAUGUGCUGUGUUGUAUUUGAUUUUAAUGAUUCUAGCAAGCAUGUUAAAGAGAAGGAUAUCAAGAGGCAGACUUUGCUUGAACUUGUUGAUUAUGUUUCUGCUGUGAAUUCGAAGUUCAGUGAAGCGACAAUGCAGGAGAUCACUAAGAUGGCAGCGGCAAAUUUGUUUCGAACUCUGCCGUGUUCGAAUCAUGAUGGUAAGCUUGCAGAAGCAUAUGAUCCUGAAGAGGAGGAACUUGCGUUGGAACCGGCAUGGAGUCAUCUGCAGAUUGUGUAUGAAGUUCUCUAUAGGUUUGUGGCUUCACCAGAGACGGAUGCAAAGCUUGCUAAACGAUACAUUGAUCAUUCAUUUGUAUUGAGACUGAUUGAUCUCUUUGACUCUGAGGAUCAGAGAGAAAGGGAAUACUUGAAGACUAUUCUCCACCGUAUUUAUGGGAAGUUCAUGGUACACCGCCCGUUCAUUAGAAAAGCGAUUAAUAAUGUCUUUUAUCAGUUCAUAUUUGAGACAGAAAGACACAACGGAAUUGCAGAAAUGCUGGAGUUUUUGGGCAGUAUAAUUAAUGGCUUUGCUUUGCCUUUGAAGGAAGAGCAUAAGCUGUUCCUUAUCCGUGCACUGAUCCCACUUCACAAGCCAAAGUGUGUCUCUAUGUAUCACCAACAGCUUUCUUAUUGUGUUACCCAGUUUGUUGAGAAAGAUGUCAAGUUAGCUGAUACUGUGAUCAGAGGUCUUUUGAAAUAUUGGCCUGUAACUAAUAGUGCAAAGGAGGUAAUGUUCCUUGGUGAACUGGAGGAAGUUUUAGAAGCCACUCAAGCAGCAGAAUUUCAGAAAUGUGCGGUGGGAUUGUUUCGUCAAAUUGCUAGAUGCCUCACUAGCCUACACUUUCAGGUGGCUGAACGUGCACUGUUUCUGUGGAACAACGAUCAUAUCAGAAAUUUGAUAAUACAAAACUGCAAAGUAAUACUACCUAUAAUCUUCCCUGCUUUGGAGAAAAAUGCACGUGGCCACUGGAACCAAGCUGUCCAGAGCUUAACUCUGAAUGUGAGAAAAAUAUUCUCUGAUGCCGAUCAAACACUUUUUGAUGAAUGCAUGAUCAAAUUCCAAGAAGACGAAAUCAAAGAACGAGAGAAGCAAGAGAAGCGGGAAUCCACGUGGAAGAAUUUGGAAGAUGUGGCUAUUGCAUCCACAUCUUUAAGCAACGAAGCAGUUCUUGCGUCAAGGUUCGCGUCCGUUGCUACCGUGUAAAACAACUGUUGAGUGCAGGUUGUUGAGAGCCAUUAGAUAUUCAAAUUGUUAAGUCUACCUCAUGACUAAGAACUGAAUGAAUGCUUUUAGUUGGAGGUAUAUCUUAUUUUACUAUUAGUUUACUGCAAGAAAUUAAGAUUACGACGAGUUCUGUGGACAUGUUUGCUGGUGUUUUUCUGGAUUUUUUUGGAGAUGUAUAUGUGCUAUAAGGAAUGUAAUUUGUAUUUGACAGUGCUUGUUUAUUGGAUCCAUGUUGGUGGUGGUGGCAUAUCAUAUAACUCAAUGUUAUGCCACUUUUUCUUUUAACUUUCAAACUACAUAAUUAUUCAUCACAA